ACCCAGAGAGGACGCAAGCCUGGGCUCAGAGUGAGUCUGUGAGGUGCAGAGACAGGGGCUGCCAUAUGAGGUAAGAAAUGGAGGUCUUUCAAAUCUCAUGGGCAAUGAGAUGCCACCAAGGUUUUUGAGAGGAAUGACUUUUCAAAGCCAACAUUUAUCAGGAGGCUGAAGGAAGAUUCUGUGAGUUUGAGAGCAUUGUGAGCUACAGCGUUGAGAACUUUGUCUACAAACAAGCAAGCAGUCUCAGCAUUUUGGAAAGUUCAGUCAGAUACGUUCUGACUUGUAGCUGGUAAGGGUUGGGGCAGGAGACAAAUCUCAAACAAGCCCACCGUGCUUACUGAGUGUGCUGGAGUAAGUCACUGGGUCUCUGAACUCUAGACUCCUGGUUUGGGUGACAGGGAGGGGCAAGGGAGAAAUAAGGAAAGAAACAUAACUGCUCAUCUGCCUUGAGGCUGCGUCCUUAAGGGGAGGAGUCAAGGAAUACAGAAGACUUUCUGGCACAUGCCACCAAGUGAGGGCAUUUCUAAUCACACCCCGAGUCAAGAACACACGCUUCUGGUUUCCUGCUGGUGGCUGCCCCAGCAGUUCUUAGGAACCCUGCCUUCCUGUUGGGUUGGCCAACACAGCAGGCACCUGAGCUCACCUGAGAACUGGCGAUGUGUGUGCUGCUCUCUCUGCUACUGCUGGCCUCUGUCUUCUCACUAGGCCAGACCACAUGGGGAGUCUCCAGCCCCAAGGAUGUGCAGGGCUUGAAGGGCUCUUGCCUGCUCAUUCCCUGCAUCUUCAGCUUCCCUGCCAAUGUAGAGGUUCCUGAUGGCAUCACGGCCAUCUGGUACUAUGACUACUCAGGCAAGCGGCAGGUGGUGAGCCACUCGGGGGACCACACACUGGUGGCGGAGCGCUUCAGGGGCCGAGCCGAACUGAUGGGGAACAUGGACCACAAGGUGUGCAACCUGAUGCUCAGAGACCUGCAGCUUGAGGACUCCGGCACCUACAACUUCCGCUUCGAGAUCAGUGAGGGCAACCGCUGGUCGGAUGUCAGAGGCACCAAGAUCACUGUGACAAAGGACCCCAGCGCUCCCACUAUUACCGGCCCGAAGGAGCUGCGUGAGGGCAUGGAGGCGAACUUCAAUUGCUCCACGCCCUACGUGUGCCUACAGGAGAAGGCCAGCCUGAAGUGGGAAGGCCAUGACCCUACUAAUUCUGUCAUCUCCAGUUACCAAAGCCUCGAGCCCACUGGCGUCGGUCACCAGGAGACCCUACAUACGGUCUUAUCCUGGCAGGACCAUGGCCGGACCCUGCGCUGCCAGUUCUCGAUGGCCAUGCUCAGAAGUGAGAAAGAGCUUUUCCUCCAAGUGCAGCAUGCCCCCAAAGGUGUGGAGGUUCUCCUCAGCUCCUCAGGAAAGAACGUCCUUCCGGGGGAUCUAGUCACUCUCACCUGCCAAGUGAACAGCAGCUACCCUGCCGUCAGUUCUGUGCAGUGGUUCAAGGAUGGAGUGAGCCUUGGAGCAGACGGCCGUGUCCUGCAGCUGUCUGCAGCGGGCUGGAACGAUUCCGGGGUCUACACCUGUCAAGCAACGAAUAGCGUGGGCUCGACGGUGUCACCCCCCGUCAGCCUCCACGUUUUCAUGGUUGAGGUCAAAAUGAGCCCAGCUGGGCCCAUCGUGGAAAACGAGACAGUGACACUGCUCUGCAGCAUCCCCAAGGAGGCACCCCAGGAGCUCCGCUACAGCUGGUACAAGAACCACAUUCUUCUGGAAGAUGCCCAGGCCCCCGCUUUACACCUGCCUGCAGUCACCAGGGCCAAUACCGGCUUCUAUUUCUGUGAGGUGCAGAACGCCCAGGGCCGUGAGCGCUCCGGCCCAGUGAGUGUGGUGGUCAGAUACCGGCCCCUUACUCCAGUCCUGACUACCUUCCUGGAUACACAGGCUGGGCUUGUGGGCAUCUUCCAUUGCUCUGUGAUCAGUGAGCCCCUGGCCACACUGGUACUGUCACAUGGAGGCCUCACACUGGCCUCCAGCUCCGGAGAAAAUGACUUCAACCCUCGCUUCAGCAUUUCCUCUGCCCCCAACUCCCUGCGCCUAGAGAUCCGAGACUUGCAGCCAGAGGACAGUGGGGAGUACACAUGUUCCGCCACCAACUCCCUUGGAAAUGCAACUUCCAGCCUGGACUUCCGUGCUAACGUGGCCCGACUCCUCAUCAGCCCUUCAGCACAGGUUGUGGAAGGACAGGCAGUGACUCUGAGCUGCAGGAGUGGCCUGAGCCUAGCAUUUGACACUCGCUUUUCCUGGUACCUGAAUGGAGCACUACUUCUUGAGGGAUCCAGCAACACCCUCCUGCUUCCUGCAGCUUCCAGCACGGAUGCUGGCUCCUACUACUGUAGAACGCAGGCUGGCCCCAGCACCAGCGGCCCCUCCCGGCCUGCUAUCCUCACUGUGUUCUAUCCCCCAAGAAAGCCCACAUUCACUGCCAGGCUGGAUUUGGACACCCCUGGUGUUGGGGCUGGACGGCGUGGCCUCCUCUUGUGCCAAGUGGACAGCGACCCCCCAGCCCAGCUACGGCUUCUCCAUAAGGGCCACGUUGUGGCCACUUCUCUGCCAUCAAAGGGUGGGUGCUGCUCCCCACGUACAAAGGUCAGCAGAGCCUCCAACUCACUGCGUGUGGAGAUCCAGAACCCGGUGUUCGAGGACGAGGGCGUAUACCUGUGUGAGGCUAGCAACACAUUGGGCAACUCCUCUGCCUCAGCCACCUUCAACGCUAAGGCUACUGUCCUGGCCAUCACACCGUCGGACACACUGCGCGAGGGCACAGAGGCCAACCUAACCUGCAAUGUGAGCCAGGAAGUUGCUGUCGGCCCUGCCAACUUCUCCUGGUUCCGGAAUGGAGUGCUGUGGACCGAGGGACCACUGGAGACUAUAAGGCUGCGGCCCGUGGCCAGGACUGAUGCUGCCGUCUAUGCCUGCCGCCUCCUCGCUGAAGAUGGGGCUCAGCUCUCAGCUCCUGUGGUCCUAAGUGUGCUAUAUGCCCCAGAGCCUCCAAAGCUGUCAGCCCUCCUGGACGUGGGUCAGGGCCACAUGGCUGUGUUCAUCUGCACUGUGGACAGCCGUCCCCUGGCUCACCUGUCUCUAUUCCGUGGGGAGCACCUCCUGGCCACCAACUUGGAACCCCAGCGUCCAUCCCACGGCAGGAUCCAGGCCAAGGCCACAGCCAACUCCCUGAAGCUAGAGGUUCAAGAACUAGGUCUUGAGGAUUCAGGAAGCUACCACUGUGAGGCCACAAAUGUUCUCGGAUCAGCCAACAGUUCACUCUUCUUCCAGGUCAGAGGGGCCUGGGUUCAGGUUUCACCAUCACCUGAGCUCAAGGAGGGCCAAGCUGUGGUUCUGAGCUGCCAGGUGCCCUUGGGGGUCCCCGAGGGGACCUCAUACCAGUGGUAUCAGGAUGGCCGGCCCCUUCCGGAGUCAACCUCAUCCACACUCCGCAUUGCAGCCAUAAGUCCGAGGCAAGCUGGUGCCUACCAUUGCCAAGCUCAGGCUCCAGACGCAGCUACUGCCAGCCUGGCUGCCCCUGUCAGCCUCCAUGUGUCCUACGCCCCACGCCAGGCCACACUCAGCGCCCUGCUAAGCACAAGCCCUGCACGGUUCGGCCUCCUGGUGUGCAAUGUACUCAGUGACCCUCCAGCUCAGCUGCGGCUGUUUCACCGGAACCGCCUUGUGGCCUCUACCCUACAAGGCCCAGAGGAACUGGCGAGCAGUGACCCCCGGCUGCACGUGACUGUGAGCUCCAACGAAUUGCGCCUGAAGAUCCACUUUACAGGGCUGGAGGACGAUGGCACCUAUUCCUGUGAGGCCACCAACACACUGGGCCAGGCCUCUGCUACAGCUGACUUCGAUGCUCAGGCUGUGCGCGUGACGGCGUGGCCCAAUGCCACUGUGCAGGAGGGGCAGCUGGUGAACCUGACAUGCUUGGUAUGGACCAGCGAGCAGGCCCCACUCAGCUACACAUGGUACAAGGGUGGGCAACGGCUCCUUGGUGCCCGUUCCAUCUCCCUGCCCAAUGUCACAGUCCUAGAUGCUACCUCCUACCGCUGUGGUGUGGGGCUCCCUGGCCAGGCACCUCAUCUCUCCAGACCUGUCACCCUGGAUGUCCUCUAUCCUCCCCGAAGCCUGCGGCUGACCUACCUCCUAGAGACCCAAGGCAGGCGGCUGGUCCUGGUUCUAUGUACUGUGGAUAGUCGCCCACCUGCCCAGCUAGCUCUCAGCCGUGGUGGCCACCUUCUAGCCUCUUCAACGGAAGCCUCUGUCCCUAACACCCUGCGCCUAGAGCUUCGGGACCCAAGGCCUAGCGAUGAGGGUCUCUAUAGCUGCUCUGCCCACAGCCCAUUGGGCAAGGCCAACACAUCCCUGGAGCUUCGGCUAGAAGGUGUACAAGUAGUGAUGGACCCCUCUGCUAUGGUGCCCGAGGGGACGCCUGUGACAGUGACCUGCGAGGAUCCUGCUGCACUCCCACCCACCCUCUACGCCUGGUUUCACAACGGCCGUUGGCUUCAGGAGGGACCAGCUUCCUCACUCCAGUUCCUGGCGACUACACGGGCUCAUGCCGGCGCCUACUUUUGCCAGGUGCAUGAUAAUCAGGGCAUGCGCAGCUCCCGACCCGCCACCCUGCAAGUUCUCUAUGCCCCUCGGGAUGCUGUCCUGUCUUCCUUCCGGGACUCGAGGACCAGGCUCAUGGUCGUGAUACAGUGCACUGUGGACAGUGAACCACCCGCUGAGCUGGUCCUAUCCCACAAUGGCAAAGUGCUGGCUGCCAGUCGUGAGCUUCACAGCUCUGCAUCAGGGACGGGUCACAUCCAGGUAGCCCGAAAUGCUCUUCGACUGCAGGUGCAAGGUUUGACUGGAGGUGAUGACAACACCUAUGUUUGUACAGCCCGAAAUGCACUGGGCUCCAUCAGUACCACCCAGAGGCUCCCAAAGGAGACUGAUAUACAUGUGGUGGCUGAGCCAGGCUUGGAUGUUCCAGAGGGCAUAGCCCUGAACCUAAGCUGUCAUCUCCCUGGGGGCUCCAAGCCCAUGGGCAACUCUACUGUCACUUGGUACUGGAAUCGCCAUCUGUUACAUACAGAUCCUACACCCAUGCUCUCCUUCACCCAUGUGACCCGGGCUCAGGCUGGACUGUACCACUGCAGGGCUGAACUCCCCACUGGGGUCACAACCUCUGCUCCUGUCAUGCUCCGUGUCCUGUAUCCUCCCAAGACACCCACUCUGACAGCGUUUGUGGAGCCUCAGGGUGGCCUCCAGGGCAUCCUCGACUGUAGAGUGGACAGCGAGCCCCUGGCCAGCCUCACCCUCCACCUGGGCAGUCAACUAGUAGCCUCCAACCAACCCCAGGGCAUUCCCACCCAGCCACACAUUCACGUCUCUGCCUCCCCUAAUGCCUUGAGACUGGACAUAGUGGAACUCGGACCCAGCAACCGGGGGGAGUAUGUGUGCACUGCCUCCAACGUCCUGGGCUCUGCCUCAGCUUCGGCCUACUUUGGGACCACAGCCUUGCACCGACUACAGCUGCUCCAGCGGUUGCUCUGGGUCCUGGCAUUUCUGGUGGGCUUUCUGUGCCUGCUGCUGGGCCUAGGAGCCUGGCACACAUGGAGAAAGAGGCAUUCUCAUAAGAUGAAUGUGAAGGAGAAUUCAGCAGAGAUGGCCACUCAUAAAGAUACUAUGCAGAUGACCUCUUCCUAGGACAAGUCGGUGUGGGACCCUCUGUGACCCAGGUUUUCUUUAUGGGAAGCUCCUAGCACUGGAUGCAGCCACCCAUGGAAUGUCAUCAUGAGCUGGUGGAUGACUUAUCGGCCCUCAGGAGGAGGUGGCUGCCACUGUCUGACAACUCAGGUGUUGUGAAAAUGUCCUGCCUACCUCUGUACAGGUAACACAGUAGCAUCCGACUUUCUGUGACCUGCCUUCCAAGCCUCUUGCUCCUAAGCAAAUCUGAUGGAGAGAGGUGAAGUGGAGGUCAACCUGCUGCCUCCAGGGCCCUGAGACUGAGCCAGCCAUGCUGCCCACGCUUCUCUGUGAAGCUUUCCUCUGUGUCCCUUUGCCUCUUUCUCUUCAAAGGCCACCUUGGACUUUCUUGAUUGGCUAGAACAGCAUCUGGGCCCUCACGGACUUGCUACGAUACUCUGUACCAGACAGAUUAUAAGUCAAGCUGUUUUAACAGAGACCGAAUACAGUGACUUGAGGGUGACAGAGUUUUAUUUUUCUCUCCUAUUCUGGCUAUGCUAUGGUGGAAUAAGACAUUGGGGCUCAGAAUCUUGCUCUUCUCCAUCUCCCAAAUGUUGCCUUUGAUUAUGAAGCUUGGGUGAUUGUGGUGGGCUUGGUCCUACAGUGAGAAGGAAGAGUGGAGUGAAGGCCGCCCCUGUUCCCAUGCUCCACAGAAAGGGAGAGUACAGCUGUCGACUCUACUCACUUCUCAUCAGCUACAAUUUGGUCACAUAGACACACUGCUGAAAGGGAGCCUGGGAAAUGUACUUUUUAUUCCGAGUCUUGACUACAUUUGGAACCUGUAUUUCUCAAAGACCCCAACAAUAGACUCAGACCUAGGACUUUUGACAUUACAGAGAGUGCCAUUGUCAAGCUAGGCUCUGGUUCAGUCCCUGGAUGUUCUGGUUCUGAGUUUCCUGAAAGGAGCAAUCCCUCUUAUAUAAUAAAACUGAGGAAACCAA